CGCAACCAAGCCUCCCUCCAUCAUUCAAUUGAUAGAGAUGGAAGCCUCUGCAAAUCCCCUAGUGAACAUCAAUGAUUUUGAGCUACAUGAUUUCAUUGACGAGACCAAUUUCCACCAUUGCAUCAAUUUAAUCCGAGGAAGCAAUGACCCAGUUGUGAAUUUUGAUACUGAUCUUAUUAAUGGUUGUUUUGUUGAUAACCAAUUUGGUCCGAACCCGGUUGAUAUGUAUGAUUUUAAUGGUACUACUAUGAUGACCGACCCAAAUACUAUGUUCAACACGUUGGGAAGUUUUGGUGAUGAUGUCCAGGACGGGGAUGAAGAUAAUGAUAGAGAGGAUUCCUCGGCAACCACCACCACAACCACGACUACAACCCCGACGAAGAGGGCGAAGGGUGAUCGGUCAAGAACUUUGAUUUCAGAGCGGAGGAGGAGAGGAAAGAUGAAGGAAAAGCUUUAUGCAUUGCGUUCCUUGGUUCCUAACAUCACAAAAAUGGAUAAGGCCUCCAUUGUUGGAGAUGCUGUACUCUAUGUGCAAGAGCUGCAAAGCAAGGCUAAGCAGCUAAAAUCUGAGAUUGCGGGUCUUGAAGCAUCCUUAGUAGGAUCAGAAAGAUACCAAGGAUCAAUUGAAAGCCCUAAGAAGGUUCAAGUGUUACAAAACAACUAUCAGGUUUCCAAGAAGAUCAUCAUGCAGAUGGAUGUGUACCAAGUGGAGGAAAGAGGCUUUUAUGUGAGAUUGGUGUGCAAUAAGGGAGGAGGGGUGGCUUUAUCACUAUACAAGGCUCUCGAAUCCCUUACUAACUUCAUAGUUCAGAGCUCCAACUUGGCCACAGUUUCUGAGAGAUUUGUACUGACAUUUACGUUAAACGUGAUAGAUUCUGAGCAGGAAAUCCAUUUGCCAAAUUUGAGACUAUGGAUUGCUGCGGCUCUAGUGAACGAACAGUUUGAAUUAAAAACACCUUUGUCAUAUGCCUAGCUAAUUUCAUACUCUCUCUCUCUCUCUCUCUCUCUCUCUAAUGCUACUAUGUAUGAGUACUGUGAUAUCUGGUUAAUCUGCAAUCAAUGAGUGCAUGAACCUUAGCAUGUCUACAAGUGUUCACUUGCUAGAACGAGUUACUAUGCUCU